GCGUUUACAGUGACAGAGAGGAACAAUUUCCGUCGCCACAUGCCCCAACGAAGUUCCCAGCCCUCCAGCAACUCCUCGCCUCGCCUCGCCUCGCCUCACGUCACCUCACGUCAGGUCAGGUCUACUCCCCUCAUAUGGCCAUUGCUGCAAGCUAAUCGCUCAGACAAAGAUUUCCAUUGGAGAAGCUCAUACUCACACUCGUAAACGAAACGACGACAAUAAAGAGACAUAGAGAGAGAGAGGAAUCGUAUUUGUAGCGAUGACCAUUGCAGCUGCUCUCCUCCCAGCUAGAGCCUCCCACCUUGUGCAUGGUGGCCAAAGGAUUAUGGGAGCUUUGGCCGCUAACUUUCACACUUCCUCCUCCAUGGCCAUGGCGGCACCAGCAUCAUCGGCACCACCCACCCCUUACGUGAGACCCACGAACCCCUCGACUGCAGUGGGAGGAAGUGGUCUUCCAAAGGUAGCCGAGUAUGUGAUAUCGAAGGUGGACGACCUCAUGAACUACGCGCGUCGGGGGUCCAUAUGGCCCAUGACAUUUGGGCUCGCCUGCUGCGCUGUGGAGAUGAUGCAUGCUGGCGCUGCCCGCUAUGACUUUGAUCGCUUCGGGGUCAUCUUCCGACCCAGCCCUCGCCAGUCUGACUGUAUGAUCGUUGCCGGCACCCUCACCAACAAGAUGGCCCCUGCCCUCCGCAAGGUUUAUGACCAAAUGCCGGAGCCUCGUUGGGUCAUUUCAAUGGGCAGCUGUGCCAAUGGUGGAGGUUACUAUCACUAUUCCUACUCUGUGGUGCGUGGCUGCGACCGAAUCGUCCCUGUUGACAUAUAUGUUCCCGGGUGCCCCCCAACAGCUGAGGCUCUUCUCUAUGGAGUCCUCCAAUUGCAGAAGAAGAUUAACCGUCGCAAGGACUUCCUCAUAUGGUGGACCAAGUGAAAUAUUUGCCUACUCCAUUACAUCACGCAUGAGUCGCGCACAUCCCUCAAAGCUUGCAUCUCAUGGAAAAGACUAAAUAAGUUGAACCUGUUGUUUUGAAUUGGUAUUUUGAUGCAUCUGAAUGUUGAUGUAUUCCUGUUUUUGUAAUGUUGUUGGCUAAUAGAAAUCUUUUGGGUAUGAUGCUUUUGUUUAAUAAAUAAACAUGUUAUUUUGUUAUUACUCCUACACAAUCACUUUGUGUAUGCAACUAUUUUUGGUUCCA